AUGUCGGUAAAAUUAUUCCUUGGAAAGACACUAGUAACCUUUAUUGCUCUAUUUAAGACAAGCUAGUUCCAUUUGCAUUUCACUUCAAAUUCUAAACUAGUUCACUUUUCUGUCUUUAAGGUUAUCAUGGCUCGUUCAAUUUCUAUGGUUUCCACCAUGUUUGUCUUCCUUCUCCUUCUUGUGGCUACUGGGCCAAGUAUGGUGGCAGAGGCAAGGGAUUGUGAAUCUAAAAGUCACAAAUUCAAAGGAACAUGUUUGAGUGAUACCAACUGUGCUUCUGUGUGCCAAACAGAACGUUUCACUGGCGGACACUGCCGUGGAUUCCGUCAUAGAUGCUAUUGCACUACACAUUGUUGAUGAAACAAAGAUGAUGGAUCCAUCACCUUUUUCUACUUGUGUGUGUUUUGAAUAAAGCUACAUAGCUACCCAUUUUGUUAUGGGUUUCUUACUGUCUUUUUCUUCUUCUUUCUAUCCUGUGUGUGGAAGUAAAUGAUUAAGUUAUUGUACUUGUUCUUUCUAGCUUACAUGAAUGAAGAGAAUUUUCUUUUUACUAA